UCCAACAAGGGGAACUCUGCAGCAGCCCAGCCUGACUCUCACAACUUAUCUCCACCCAACAGGAUCAUGAAGACCUCCACGGCUACUUUCGCUGUACUUUUUGUGGCUGUCCUUUGCUACCAGGUCUCCUCUUCUCCAGCUUCUGUCAACUUUUCAGGCCCCUGCUGUGUCAGGUACAGUUCCAAAGCAUUUCCUGUGAGUCGUGUGGUGAAGUACGAGCACACAGGCAGCCACUGCUUCCAGCCAGCCGUGAUAUUCACCACGGUGGCAGGCAAGACGGUCUGUGGCAAACCUGGCGACAGGUGGGUCCAGGACAUCGUGAAUCCCCAAAGGGACCAGGCAAGCAGUGGAUGAACCUCGUCCUGCUCCCUCCAGGCAUCCCCUCUGCAAGGUCCUGCUCCCCUGAGCAGAGACAUCUCCUUGUUCUCUUGUUGCCUGUGAAUUUAUUUAAUGCAGCGUU